UAUAAAAUGUCCUAGCACUCAUCUUGAUUCUAUUUCUAUUGGAACGAACGGCAAGCAUUAAACUCCUGUCAUCAUUGUACUUUCUUUUCAAGUCAGAUCCAUUUUCCUGGUUCAAUUCGAAGCCUUUCCCUUGUUUUCUCCCCGAUAAUUUCCACUUCUAACUUUUUCUGCCUCCAAAACUCUUCAAUCAUGGUCAUUGGCAUUGCUUUCAACUCCAAAACCAAAUUUAUUUAAUACCCUUCAAAGCAACAACUUCCCCUACCAACAGCCAUUCAUGUCUUCCUCUUGGUUCCCUUUUCUCUUCUUUCUUCCCUUUCUAUUUCUCGACCCUCUCUUCAGUCAAGCUAAUCUCCAACGAUCCAAAACCCUCCUCAAAUCAUCCCUUAUCUACCAACCAUCUACCAAUGAAACCAUCCCACCAACUCUCUUUUUUGAAGUCACCAAACCCAUCUAUGUCCCAAACGCCAAGCCGUGUUCCCUCUUGGUUCUGCAACAUGACUUUGGCUACACUUAUGGGAAACCUCCUGUUUUUGCAAACUAUAGCUUUCCAUCUGAUUGCCCAUAUCAGGAAUUUUCCAAGAUUGUCCUGGAGUGGAAUGCUACAUGUAAAGGAAGGCAAUUUGACAGGAUUUUUGGAGUUUGGCUAUCUGGGGUGGAGCUUCUUAGGAGCUGCACAGCUGAGCCUAGAGCUACUGGGAUUGUUUGGAGUGUCCAAAAGGAUGUAACAAGGUAUUCCUCAUUGCUUUUGAUGAACAAGACUCAAACUUUUGCUGUUUAUUUGGGAAAUAUUGUUGACAAAACUUAUACCGGUGUUUAUCAUGUCAAUGUAACUCUUUAUUUUUACCCUGCUGUGGAAAAACUUAACAUUUUUAUGGGAAAGGAGGGAAGUUUAGGGUCUGGGGUUAGUUCUAAAGCUGAUUUGAUCAUACCCUUUUCGCGGGAUUUGCCAUUGAAUGAUGGGUUGUGGUAUGAGAUUGAGAAUGCUACUGAUGUUAAAGUGAAGGAAUUUGAAAUUCCUCAGAAUGUUUAUCGGGCUGUGUUGGAGGUAUAUGUGUCUUUUCAUGAGAAUGAUGAAUUUUGGUAUGCAAAUCCUCCGAACGAGUAUAUUGCUGCUAAUAAUCUUACAGAUUUAGCAGGGAAUGGACCAUUUAGGGAAGUUUUGGUCAGCUUGGAUGGUAAACUGGUCGGUGCUGUUUGGCCUUUUACUGUGGUUUACACUGGAGGAAUUAAUCCUCUCUUGUGGAGACCCAUUAGCGGUAUUGGUUCAUUUGAUCUCCCUACUUAUGAUAUUGAAAUUACCCCAUUUUUGGGUAAUAUAUUGGAUGGGAAACCCCACAAACUAAGUUUUAGUGUCACAAAUGCCUUAAAUGUAUGGUAUAUUGAUUCCAAUUUGCAUCUAUGGUUAGAUAGUAAGAGCACAAAGACUGAAGGGAAGCUUUUGCAGCAUGACGUUGUUCCUCUUGGUGUUUCCUCUGUGUCAGAUUUUAAGGGUUUAAAUGGAACAUUUGUUACAAAUACAACCAGGUUCAUAUCCUCCAAUGGAUGGGUCAAAUCCACUUAUGGGACAGUCAUAACCAAAUCUAUUCAAAAUUUAAGUUAUAGUAACUCCAUGGUGAUGGCCAAGGAUGGAAAUCUGCAGAUUGUGAAUCAGACGAUCCAUUUUGAUGACAGCAUUUAUGCGAUUAUGCCAUCUUCUAAUGUCAAAUCAAAGAAAUCAAACAAAACGUUUCUUUUGUACUUAUACUCUGACUAUGUCGAACAAGGGAACAGAACUGCAUUGUCUGUAGCUAAUGUCACAUUGGGAUUUGAUGAGAAGAAGUUUAAAGAUGCUGAUGCUAGGUCGGCUAGCAGUUCACUUAGGAAUUUGCAGAAAGGAAAGGGUGUUAUGAUUACAAAAGAUGACCUGGUUGUCAGCGGGGUGGCAAGGACCCAACAAACAUAUAAUUAUGAUGGCAGUAAAUUUUGCUACUCUAGGAACAUAAGCAGCUCAAACUACACCAUUCUUUAUGAUGAAGUGAGAAACACAUGCAAUAAAAGAGCAAAAUCUCAUUUUGGAUAUGGUCUUAGCAGAUGGUGGCCGUUUCCAGCUCGAAGAGCUUUUCUAGCAUCUCAUGUAAUUGAUCCAAAUGGAAAUUAGUAAUUUGACUAAUUCAAUUCUUGAGUUGCUUUAUGUAGAGUUUUCCAAUUAGAUCUUUCUCAAGAUUCCUUCAUAUGGAUACACCAAAUAAGUUGUAAGUGUUUCCAUUUUUUAUAAUUAUUAUGAAGACAGAUGAAUUUGUAAAUAGUCUUAUUUUCUUUUUUCUUUUCACUUUUUUGCAAUUGAAUGAUCUUAGGUGUUUCUUUUAACUGGACUUUAGUUUGGUUCUUCAUCCUAAAACUAAACUUUUAUAAUAUAUCACUUGACUUACACGAUAGAUUAGUUUAUAACAGACUUUGUUCAGUUUUAUAAAGUAAAAUUUUGCAACUCAGAGACUUUGUUGGGUUUUAUAAAGUAAGUAUAUUCUGUCUGAUUCAAG